AGUACAGUAGCAUUGGUAGUAAAGAGUAAAAAAAAUAAGUUGCACAGAUUUUGACAGAUUCAGCUCAAUGGACUCUACACACAAAUUUGGGAAAUACAGAGUGGAGCGGGAAGUACUUGAUGAGCAGAGACUGGAAGAGGUUACACAGAGAAAAACAUACUCUGACACUCACCCUUCUCUAAUUGAACGCCUUAAAGAAUCCCUAAGAUGUACAGUACCCAAACUGAAACAAAGUGUGGUGAGCAGCUUGCCUGUGUUGUACUGGCUGCCCAAGUACUCAGUCUGGGACUAUGGCAUGCCAGACCUCAUCUCCGGCAUCAGUGUGGGAAUAAUGCACCUGCCACAAGGUUUGGCAUAUGCAUUGUUGGCUUCCUUACCUCCUGUAUUUGGGCUCUACACGUCACUCUAUCCAGCAUUGAUCUACUUCUUUUUUGGAACAUCACGUCAUAUCUCCAUCGGUACAUUUACAGUGCUUAGCAUCAUGGUGGGUAGUGUGACAGAAAGACUUGCUCCAGACAUGAAUUUCCUCAUAAAAAAUGGGACCAACAUCACUGCAGAGGUGAACAUAACUGCCAGGGACUUAUACAGAGUGGAGGUUGCAGCUGCUACUACUGUCCUAGGAGGACUUAUUCAGGUGGCACUGGGUUUGGUAAAGUUUGGAUUUGUGGGAACGUACUUGUCUGAACCUCUGGUGCGGGCUUACACAACAGCUGCUGCAGCUCAUGCUGUUGUGGCACAGCUGAAGCACAUCUUUGGAGUUUCACCAACACGGUUUAGUGGUCCCUUGUCACUGGUGUAUACUUUAAAGGAUGUUUGCUCCUUGCUGCCACACACUAAUCUUCCCACACUGGUGGUCAGUGCUGUGUCCAUGGUGUUUCUAAUUGCAGCCAAGGAGCUCAACUCUUAUCUCAGUCCGAAGCUGCCAGUGCCCAUCCCAGUGGAACUCAUAACAAUUGUGGCAGGAACAUUGAUAUCAACCUAUGCCCACUUGAACAGCAACUACACUAUUUCAGUUGUUGGAGAAGUUCCCAGUGGUCUAAGUUCUCCUAGUGUACCAGAUGUGAGUAUUUUUAGAGAAGUAAUUGGUGAUGCGUUUGCAUUGGCUGUGGUUGGAUAUGCCGUAUCCAUUUCACUUGGCAAAACAUUUGCACUGAAACAUGGAUACAAGGUGGACAGUAACCAGGUAAACCACAACUCUAAUCAAAUACCUGUUCAAUCAUACUUCUGCAUCCCUUUCUUCUGUUUUCAUUCUUGUGUCUCUGUCUUCACCCUGCUGCAGGAGCUGGUGGCGCUUGGUCUCAGUAAUGCAGUGGGAGGCUUCUUCCAGUGCUUCUCAGUCUGCUCCUCCAUGUCUCGAAGUCUCAUCCAAGAGACCACCGGAGGAAAAACACAAAUGGCUGGCGUGGCCUCCGCUCUGAUUGUGUUGGUGACUAUACUGAAACUUGGACCCCUAUUCCAGGAGCUGCCAAAGGCAGUUCUUGCAGCGAUUGUCUUGGUAAAUCUGAAGGGCAUGUUCAAGCAGCACUCUGACAUUGUUAUACUGUGGAGAAGCAGCAAGAUUGAUCUGGUGGUGUGGUUGGUCACUUGGGUGUCAACACUGCUGCUCAAUCUGGAUCUGGGUCUCGCAGCAUCGAUCAUCUUUGCUCUACUUACUGUUACCUUCAGAACUCAGCUGCCAACAUACUCUGUUCUGGGAAAUGUUCCAGGUACAGAACUGUAUGUGGAUAUAGAGACCCACACAGAGGUGAGAGAAAUUCCAGGUGUUACUAUAUUUCGCUCUUCUGCUACGGUAUAUUUCGCCAAUGCUGAUCUCUACCUUGAGGCUCUGAAAGAAAAGAGUGGGCUUGACAUCAGUAAAAUGAUUAUCUAUAAGAGGAGACAGGAGGCCAAACAGAGACGUAGAGAAAGGAGGGCCGUGAGACGGGCAAAAAGGCAAGCCAAGAAAGAGAGACGAGCACAGAGAGCAGGUAAACAGCUGUCUGGAGCGCCGGUGUUCUCUGUGGAGGAAGAGGCCGGCCGCUGGAGGGACACAUGCUUGGAUGGGAAUGUUACAGACAAGGAGGAACAGGGCUUGACAAAGAGGGAGAAUGGGACAGUGUUUGUCAUCCCAAAUACUCCUCGAACACCAGACGACCCCUGCAGAUGGGAGUACCUGAAGGGAGGAGAACCAGACUACACCAGCUUAGGGUGGAUGUCUGAGCUGCAGGACGGGGACACCACCACUCUGGGCUCCAGCAGUGAGGACACGCUGAGUCACGAUCUGGAGCGGGUCUCUCUUGGGUCACUGGGCAAGUGGACCUGGGACAUUCACUCCAUCAUUAUCGACCUCUCCACAGCUAACUUUAUUGACACAGUGGCUAUCAAGACUAUGAAAAAUAUUUUCCAGGACUUCAGUGAGAUUGAUGUAGAGAUCUACAUUGCUGGUUGUCAAGCUUCUGUGGUGGAACAAUUAGAGCUUGGUGACUUCUUCUCUGAGUCAAUUACAAAGAGGCAUCUUUUUGCCUCCAUUCAUGAUGCUGUGCUCUACUGUCUGGACCACCGUGGAGCGACGUCGUUUCCCAGAUAUGAGCCAUCUGUUGACACAUACAUCAGCACACAACUUUAAGGACUUCAACCAAACUGGACAUCCAGCACUGAAGAUGGAGAAAACUAUCUCAAAAAUCUUAUUUGAAAAUGAAUAGAUGCUGAUGAUUGUUGAGUUAUAUUUAUUAGGGGUUUCAUGAUUCUCCAAAUCCACGAUUUAAUUUGACUCUCGAUUUUAAGGUCACGAUUUGAUUACAUUUUUAAUUUAAACAUUUUGUUUUCAACAGGGAGGGCAAUACCACAAAAGAACCACUAGAUGGCAGAAGGGUACUUUGCAACAACAGUUUGAGUUUCUUAGAGUUUACGAAGUGCAAUAGAAUGCACCAUUAGUUUAACAAGGUGCACAUGAUUGCACCAUGGAGUCCCGUUUGAGCCCACAUGCUUUGCCUUCGUUGUUUGUUUACAUAACUCACUCACAGGGAUGGCAAAAAUGUUGCCACACUGGCGACUUCAUUAGAGCAGAAGUAUUUUCUAGUUCUGUUAUUUCUCCGUCAUCUCCGACUUCAGCAGUCUGGCUGCAGGCUACCCGUUAGCUAAUUUACCCUGUGUCUUUAGCUGCAUGCUACAAGCCGGUAAGCUAUGCUGUGUCUGUUGUUUUUUCUUUUCUUGUGUGUGCAAGAAGGCGGGGGUGGGGAGAGAAAGAUCACUGGGUGAA